CCCGCCCCAACGUUACGAUUCCUCUAUCACCUCAACAGCACUCUUGGGGAACCAGUCUCUUUUGGUCCAGGCCCAAGCGGUACAAAGCUCUCUAUCCCUAUUCUAGGCGGGACUGUUGAGGGCCCUAACAUCUGUGGUACGUGCGAAAUCAUGGACGUCGGCGCAGAUUGGGGGACCAUUGACGCCAACGGCACCUUCAGAGCCGACGCACGAUACCAGCUGCGGACCAAUGAUAGCGCAGACAUCUUUAUACACGUCACCGGCCCGACACAGCCAAAUGGACUAGUCUUAAACCAUGUCACGUUUGAGACUGGCAACGACAAGUACUUUUGGUUGAAUAACAUUGUUGCCGUGGGCAUAUCCACCUUGGGGCAGACUACAGUCGCAGUUGAUGUCUGGGAGAUGGUCAAU